CAUACAACAGACUUUCUUCUUUGCUGGUGGUGGAAAACCCUAGGAUUUGGAAGAAGCAGAAGCUGAUCGACGAAGAUGGUGCAGCGUCUUACGUAUCGCAAGCGUCACAGCUAUGCCACCAAAUCCAACCAGCACAGGGUUGUUAAAACCCCUGGUGGCAAGCUCGUUUAUCAGACCACUAAGAAGAGGGCCAGUGGACCCAAGUGCCCUGUUACUGGAAAGAGGAUUCAGGGGAUUCCACAUUUAAGGCCAGCAGAAUACAAGAGAUCAAGGUUGCCUAGAAACAGGAGGACUGUGAACCGUGCAUAUGGUGGAGUUUUGUCUGGAGGUGCUGUUAGAGAAAGAAUUAUUCGAGCUUUUUUGGUUGAAGAGCAAAAGAUUGUGAAAAAGGUCUUGAAGAUCCAGAAGGCAAAGGAAAAGCAAGCUUCGAAGGCCUGAGUUUCAAGAAAAGAGAUAAUGAGCUUUUUGGAGUACUUUUAGGUUUGCGUGAUUAGAGUAAAGUGUGAAAUUUAUUAGUGCUAUUCCCAUGUUAAUUUUGUUCUUAUUUUGCUUCAGUUAACUCCUAACUUUGUCGACAUCUCCAUUAUGAUACAGUUUUGUUUGUACCAAUUUUCUCUUGAUGGAUUAUUGAUUUCCUCUUGUUUUUCUGUUA